AUGGAACAAGUCCUAGGUACACAAUUAGAGCCACUUUUAGCACCACCGAAUGGAAUCGAUGGGCCAGCAGAUCCCCUAGAGUGGCUUGAACCCACUUUACUAAAGAAAUCAUUAUACUUUUUUGCAGCUACCCAAUUCCAAUCUCGUGAUCAGCAACAGAUUGUAUAUGCAGAAAAAUUUUAUAAGCAGACAAAGAAGUUAUAUGAAGACAAAUUUACUGACCCAGGAUAUCAGACUAGAAAACUUGCAGCCUUUGUUUCUGAUAUGGGUCUGAAGGUAGAUGGUAUUUAUGAAAAUAUUCAAAGAUUGAACGGUAUGCUUUUCCUUAGUUCUACAGGUGCUGAUCUUGGUUACGAACAGGCCCCUGACUUGGGCAGUGAAGCUCUUAAUCAGUUAAUGACUGCUAUUACAAGAGUGAGCAACGAACUUAGAGCAUUUAGAGAAGAAACUAUGGGAGAAAUGAACGGAUUAAGGGCAGAAAUGAACGGAUUAAGGACAGAAAUGAACGGAUUAAGGACAGAAAUGGGUGAAUUCAAAGCAGAAAUGGGUGAAUUCAAAGCAGAAAUGGGUGAAUUCAAAGCAGAAAUGGGCGAAUUCAAAGCAGAAACGGGUGAAUUCAAAGCAGAAAUGGGCGAAUUCAAAGCAGAAAUGGGUGAAUUCAAAGCAGAAAUGGGUGAAUUCAAGAGUGAGACCAAUGGUCGUUUAGCCAAUAUAGAGGUGAUGAGUAAAAAUUCAGUUGCACGUUUCGAAAAUCAGUUUAAAGGAAGAGGAGGACAUCGUAAUUCCCUAGAAGCUUAUCAUUCCAUUUCGAAUAUUGAAAACAAGAUACCCGAAGAACUAGGGUUGCCACCUUUAACUUCUCUUGCUCAAAUACAACAGCUUUCAAGAGGACUUGAGAGUUACUUGAAUUUUUAUAAAAUGCUGACGAGUGGACUGUUAGAAGAUAAGCGAGAGAGAUUAAUCCGCUACAUUGGCAUAAAUGUAGAGUCUGAGCGUUCCUAUGGUAGAAAAAUCUGA